GAAGUUUUUCUCCUUUUCUUCGCGUCCUCCGCGUGGCCUUUGCGCCCUGGCUCGCUACGCUCAAUUUUCAUCUGUCCUAAAAUAAUGCUGCACGAAGGACACACCGCGGCCUCACCGUCGUGAUCUCGACUACUACCAGUCUUGGCAAUUUCCCCUCAUCGCCACGAAUCGCCGGUGGGUCGAUCGAAUGGGUGAUGACUUCACUGGCUGCACGUUUGCUGGCUGUCUUCCCCAGCCGGACUGUCUCCACGUUUUCUCGUUUCUUCUUCUUCUUCUUUUUUUCCUUCCAUCCUCUGUUUCCCCGCUGUGUUCUUCACAAACCUGCUGCCUAGCCAGCUCUUCCCGUCAUCAUAUUACAGCAUGAUCCGUGCCUAACCGACUGUUGAUUAUGCCGACGCCCCUCCACCAUGUCUAGUUCAACCGAGACCCUCGAUCCCAUCCACUCCAAGGCCAGCUCCGGCCCCGACUCGCACGCUGCCGACGAUCGCACCGCCCAUGACCAUGACGCCGACGAGCGGCCGUUGACCGGCCACGAUAACGCCGCCAACUCCGGCGGCGGCGGUUCCCAUCAAUGGGGCGUGCUCUUCAAAGCAAUCAAAGAAGGAACCUCGCACCUGGCGGAGAAGCUGGGCCGCGACCCCGACGGCGGCGAUGGACUGGAUUCCGCCUGGCACCCGGAGGACUACGGAUAUCAGGAAGACAUCGAGAUGCGGGAGAUGCUGGCGCCGGGGGAAAGUGGGGAGGACUCGUACGCCAGCCAGCUGCAGUCGCUGCUUGGGGCAGACGCCAGUUUGCUGGUCAGCAAGCUGGGCUUGGGCGAGCAGGUGCAUCGCACGCCGACCGAGGAGGCGGCGGAGAAGGAGGCCAAUCUGAUGGGCGGCGUGCUGUGGCAUCUGCUGGGCCAUCAGAUGGGGCACGACCCCGAGAAGCCGCCGCCCAACGGCACGAUCCCCACGCAGUCCGAGGACGCUCUGGGCCCGCUGCCCAGCGAGGUGCGCAAGCGCCGCAAGAAGAAGUGGUACGACGACGACCCGCGCAGCGCCAAGGAGCGCAAGAAGGCCCGCGAGACCCGUCUGGCUGAGAAGAUCGGCUCGCUGCUCACGCGCCAGCGCUACAUGAUGCAGCUGUGUCGCGUCAUGAUGAAGUGCGGUGCCCCCACCCAUCGGCUGGAGGAGUAUAUGCAGAUGUCCGCCUUCGCGCUCCGCGUCCACGGCCAGUUCAUGUACAUCCCUGGCUGCAUGAUUAUCUCGUUUGAUGAUCCGCUCACGCGCACGGCGGAGGUCAAGCUGGUGCGCAUCAUCCAGGGGUGUAAUCUGGGCCGGCUGGGUGAGAUACAUAACUGCUAUAAGAAUGUGCUGCACGGUAAGAUGUCGGCGGAAGAGGCGCUGCCGGUGCUGGACGACAUUCUGACGCGGCAGAGUAAGUGGCGCUCGCCGUGGAUGAUGGUGCUGAUUGCUGGUGUGAUCAGUGUGGCGAUUGGGCCGUGGGCGUUCGGCGCGCGCCCCAUCGACAUGCCCAUCAUCUUCGUGCUGGGCCUGCUGAUGGGCUUCAUGCAGUACAUCCUGGCGCCGCGGUCGGCGCUGUACUCGAACGUGAUGGAGGUGACGGUGGCGAUGCUGGUGUCGUUCCUGGCGCGGGCGUUCGGCAGCAUCAGGCACAACGGCGAGUAUCUGUUCUGCUUCCCAGCCAUGACGCAGUCGGCCAUUGCGCUGAUCCUGCCGGGAUACUCGGUGCUGUGCAGUAGUCUGGAACUGCAGUCGCACCAGAUCACCGCCGGCUCGAUCCGGCUGGUCUACACGAUCAUCUACUCGCUGUUCCUGGGUUACGGGGUGACCGUGGGCCUGACUAUCUACGGGCUGAUGGACGCCAACGCCAGCGAGGAGACCGUCUGCUCGGCGUCAAGCCAGCUGAUCUACGGGAAUACCUAUAUCCAGCACUUUGUGUUCGUGACCAUCUACGUCGCUUUCGCCGGGAUCGUGAGCCAGGCCCACCUGCGCCAGCUGCCGAUCAUGUGUACGCUGGGGGUCUCGGGCUACGUGGCCAAUUACUUCGCGACGACGUACCUGAGCAACCAGAUGGCGAGUAUUAUCGGCUCAUUCACGAUCGGGUUGUUGGCCAAUCUGUACAGUCGCGUGUGGCACGGCCAUGCGGCCGCGGCGAUUGUACCGGGGACAUGGACACUGGUAUCGUCGGGUCUGGCGACGAGCGGUUCCAUCGUCGCCGGUCUGCAGUAUGCCAAAGCCGUGAAGGAGGGCACGGCCAACAACUCGGCCAACGAGAUGGUCGCGUCGUUGUUGAGUCUAGGUAUCAGUAUGGUGCAGACAGCCUUGGGCAUUACCGUUGGACUGUUCCUGUCGGCCUUGGUGGUGUAUCCAGGGGGUAAACGCCAGGGAGGGUUAUUCAAUUUGUGAUAGCGUUGGCAUCUUCAUUGCAUCAAGUCAUGUGCAUUGUCGUGCUACCAGCAUAACAUUCUCUGUUUAUAGUUUGACUGAUGUUUUUGUAUUGUUCGUGCAUUUGGAGCAUUGGAGCAUGAUCUGCGUCUGUUUAUAUAUUGCAUCUGUAUUCUCGCAUGGCCAUGCAUGCAAUGAGGCAUUGAACAUGAUUUGCUGUCC